AUGUCUGGCCUUUCAACAACGAUUAUGCCCUUUGCGCAGUUGCCCGCGUGCGCUGUGAACUGCGGCCCCCUCUACGACGCCAACGGCGCCUGCGUUCCUCCUGCCGUUGCGGCAGCUGACGCCAACACCUACGACAGGUGUUUCUGUAGUCAAGGCGCUCUACAAGCCUUCUCAACAGCCGCCGGCGGUGUCUGCCCUGCUGCUGGUUGCGACGACGCUGGCUUCAGCAGUAUCCAGGGAUGGUACACCUCAUUCUGCAAUUCCGUAACUGGCGGCGCUGCCACUGCAUCUUCGUCAUCGGCAGGAUCGACAUCAACAAGCGGAGCUUCAAAAGGAUCCAACAGUGGAAAUGGAGGCGAUUGGCUUUCUAACCACUGGAGAUGGGUCGUCAUGCUUGUAAUCCUCGUUGUCGCCAUCGCUGGCAUCUGGGUUGGCGCCUGCAUCUGGCGCCGACGCUACCUCCGCCGCAAGGACCGCAUGUACGAACUUGGCAAGCACGCACAUAAGGGACCCAGCGGUAUCAUUGCCGGUUCCGGUGUCAAUGUCAACCAAGCUGGUAUCGUCAACUCCCCCGGCCAGUUCAUGCCCGGCCCGCCGCCGGCCGUAUACGAUGAGAAGCCCCCCAAGGAGAAGAAGAAGUGGGUUGUCAACGAGCGGACAUAG